UCUUCGCCUGACAAGAUGGACGACUUGAUCAACGCUGUCGCCACCCCCCUGCCCAAUGCCGCGCCUUCAAAAGCCACCAAGCCGCAAUACUCGCAGCGCGCCCGCCUGCGUGAGGAGACCGAGGCCCCGUUCAGAAAGGCCCGCAUGUUUGUGUACGCCGGCUCAGCCGCGUCCGCGGGCGUCGGCGCCUUCAUCGCCGGCUUGAGGAUCAUCGCCGCGCUCAUCGGUGUGUCGGGGACGCAACCCUUGAACGAGACGGUUCCUAAUGUCGGUAUCAAUCUGGCCGUGAUCACGGUGUGCGCUCUAUUACUGCGGGCAGAGGUUAAAGCGGGGGAACGGCGUUUAGAGCGAAUGUCUAGAGGGGCCCGAAUAGCCAGCCUUCGAGUGCAGGACUCUGUGACGCAACAAGUGCUGCGACUAAAAGACCUACGCGGUCGCACGCGAGUAGUUCUAGUUACCGGAACCGAGGACAAGGUGCUGGACGCCAUGUCACGUGCGGAGGCUGUCAAGAGUGGCUUGUCAGAGUCAAACCUUAUCAUUGUACCCCACGUUGUCAGCCCCACAAACGCCUCGGAGGAGGCAAUGAGGUCGUGGAGAAUGCAGCCGUAUGCACAGGACGAAUGGAACAAGUGGUAUCACGGCGAGCGUGAUGUGGCAAGGGCCCGUCUGGGGGCAAAGGCGGAGGAGGUGCUCGUGUUGAUUGUUAGGCUUGAUGGCAAGGUGGGCGCACGUUCUGCAGGAGCACCCGCUUGGCAGAAUCUAAUCGAAGAAAUCUCGAAGAUGCCCGCACGAGACCAAUACGGGAAACCGUAAAGGGCCUUCUAUGUUUAAAGCUGAUGAGAGCUACGGUAAUAGGGCCUAAACCGCCGCUGUAUCCAUUUUUUGUUGUAUAGGACAUGAGUUUACAGUUGGGCGCAAGAGGGCGUCCAAGCAAUGAGAUAUCCAAGCAUGUGCCUGUGCAAUAAGUCAAGUUUAUCAACUCAACAAACACAAACUUUUAUUGAAGAGUGUGAGUUGCAGCCUCGGUAGUGUCAGGGCUCCAUGCUGGACUUGUCUAUGCGAUUUGUUGCCCCUCGCGAUGAGUCCGCAUCAUCACAUGACAAGUCGCUAGGUAAAUCUUCUUCUCGCUCGUAACUUCCUAUGCGACCAGUCUCCCAGAUGUCUCGCCCCGUUGUCGUUGGCGUGUGCUGUACCGAUGGAAGAGAGCGAUUUCCACCAGGAAUACGUGAAAAGCUUCUCGGUGGUGCGUUUUCCGCUUUCUUGCUAUAAAAUGAUGAAAAAGGCCCACCAAAUAUUCUCGUUCUUGUCGCUAAAGACUGCGGAGUGGAGUUGUCGAAUGGCCUCGGAUUUCCCGACUGAGGGGUACCAUGCCCAUCAUCUCGCGAAGACACUCCGUUUCCAGACUUACCCUCACCUCCAAAAGAGCUCCUGUUAUGAGACGAAUUGUUGGUCCGAUUGGUGAGAAACGAUUUUCCGCCGUCUUGCACGACUUUUUUCGGUGUGUUCAUCCCCCUGCAGAUGCGAGGAGUUACUAACCCAACAGAUGCCCUCAUAUUUUUGAGAAUGUCUCCGAAAAGGUCUGUGUUCUCUCUUUUCAUUCCCUCGCGACGAUAGCCGGGAGCCUGCCCAUUUUCAAUGUCCCUCAGAUUGCUAGCUUGUUCUUUGCUCGCUUCAAAUUCAGCUGCUCUUGUUUCAAAUUCUUCCUUUUCUGCCUGAAUCUUCUUCUCCUUUCGUUUGUGAAUACAGCAGAAUGAAAUUGCCACUGCGAAAAUCGAGAAGAUGCACACGGCACAUCCAAUUAAGGCCAAUUGAGCCUUUGAUAAUAACUCCUGUCUCACCUGCUCAAGGGAAGGGGCUGCCCAGUAUUUAUGGCCUCUGGAAUCAACUACCCAUGGCUCGUAUAGAAUUUUGACCUUUGUUGCCAGGGCCGAGCUGAUUCCUUGGAGAAACACAUCUCCUCUAGUCAUGGUCUCCAAAAGAAUAAAUACUGAUUUUGUUUGGUA